GACUCGUCGGCGAAUCAUUGCUUCGGUGAUACGAAACAAAUCAGCGAAGAAGAAGUCCGUGAAGCACUCUCUCGAGAAUCAAAGCGACAUAAAUAUUGGAAAGGAAAUGUAGCGAAGAAAAUGACUAUUGAAAACAUCCAAAAUUCAAUUUGUUUGCAUUAUACAUUGGAAAGCUUCACAGAAACGCGAAGUACGAGUAAAGCAACCGAAGGCGUUACCUUGGGACAAUUCUUGGGGCAUCAAAAUUCGGCGAGCAGCAGUGGACUAAGUUGGAAUCCUUGGGACUAUGAGGUGAAGCCGAAUGAAGAGUUUGUUGAUCAGGUGAAAGUGAUAGAAAUGCCGGGUAGCAGUGAACUAAUCACAUGCAAUUCGUGUAAUGCUGAAGGCUUAACGCAUUGUUUUUAUUGCCGUGGCUACGGUACUGACAAAUGUUCAUAUUGCAGAGGAACAGGUAUGAAAGCUGGUGUCGCGCAUCCAGCCGUAUAUACCCAUCCUAUGAUUGGCACAUUCCCUCAUUCUGACCUCACUCGUGGUUAUCCCGGUUCCGGGACUGCCAUUAUUCGUCCGACAUCCAGUGGCCUUUCGUACGGUGUUGGAACACCAAUUCAUUUCAUGGCCAAAGCCGGUGUUCCUCCGCCGGGUAUCGGUCAUCACGAUUUUUGCUAUUUUUGUCAUGGACGUGGCAUCAGCGAGUGUACAUAUUGUAAAGGUCACGGUAAAAAGCCGUGUUCUGCGUGUGGAGGUAGUGGUAGUCUACGGUCGUAUACCAAACUGCGUGUCUAUUUUGCGGUCGAAAGGACCGACUUCUACACCGAAUGUGAAAUUCCCGAGAAGUUGUUGCAGAAAGUUGACGGCUACACCAUUCUCAGUGAAUGCCGUCCACAUGUACUACCACUGAAGAAUCAUCCCGUGAAGGAAAUUGUCGAGAACAGUCGACGAAUUUGUGCAGCACACUUGCAAAAGAGCUUAGGAACAUGUCGCGUCAUCAAGCAACGUCAGUGUUUGUUGGGAAUUCCAAUUGCACGAGUACAAUUCCGGUUGGGAUCGCGAUGUGGUUUCUUCUGGGUUUAUGGCACUGAACUGUGCUGUUUUAUUCCCAACUACCCUGCCAAAUGUUCCAUUCUUUAG